CCGAAAACAGAGCAGCCAGAAAGACCCCACGCACUCGCUCUCAGCAGCUCUCGCCAUCCAAAACAGAGCAGAAAGAAUCAUCAUCCAGGGAUCCUUUCCCCUCCGCCUUCUCCAGAGCUCCAGCCAUGGCCGCACCAGCAGCCAUGGCGCGCGGCGGCGGCGCCCUGCAGAGCCCGCUGCUCCUCCCGGACUCCCCGCGCCGCCGCCGCCGCCCAUGCGCCGCUCUGGCCAUCGCCGUGGCCCUGCUGGCCCUGGUCGGCGCCGCCCUUUUCCUCCUCCUGGCAAGCCCCGGCGGGGUCUUCGUCUCCGUCUCCGGCUCCGGCGGCGGCGCUAUUGGCUCGAAGCGGGAGGUGGAGUCCGGUUCAGGGGCUGUGGCGGCGGACGACGGGCGGUGCUCGGAGGUGGGCGCGGCGGCGCUGCGGGCGGGCGGGCACGCGGUGGACGGCGCCGUGGCGGCGGCGCUGUGCCUGGGCGUCGUGCACCCGAUGUCCAGCGGCGUCGGCGGCGGCGCCUUCAUCGUCGUCAGGGACGCCGCCGCCGCCGCCGUCGCCUUCGACGCCAGGGAGACCGCGCCCGCCAAGGCCUCGCCGAACAUGUACGCGGCGGACCCGACGAGCAAGUUCAAGGGAGCGCUCGCCAUGGGCGUCCCGGGGGAGCUCGCGGGCCUCCACGCCGCCUGGUCGCGCUACGGCAAGCUCCCAUGGCGCUCCCUCUUCGCCCCCGCCAUCAGCCUCGCCAGGGACGGCUUCCUCAUCGUCCCCUACGUCGCCAACGCCCUGCUUGAGUCCUCCGCCGACGUUCUCGCCGACCCGGGCCUGCGGGCCGUCUUCGCCCCGCACGGCAAGGUCCUCGGCGCCGGCGAGAUCUGCCGCAACCCGGCCCUCGCCGACGCGUUGGAGGCCGUCGCCGAGGGUGGCGUGGCCGCCUUCUACGGCGGCUCCGUCGGGGAGAAGUUCGCGGAGGACGUGAGGAAGGCCGGAGGCGUCGUGGAUCUGGGGGAUUUGGUGGGUUAUAAAGUGGAGGUGAGCGACGCCAUGACAGCCGACGCCAUGGGGUUCUCCUUCCUCGGCAUGCCGCCGCCCUCCAGCGGCACCGUCGGCAUGGCACUGAUUCUGAAUGUGUUGGGUGGGUACGGGUCGUUGGAGUUCCUGAAAGGGUUUUUGGGCGUGCACCGGCUGGUCGAGGCGAUCAAGCACAUGCUGGCCGUCCGAAUGGACCUCGGCGACCCUGCCUUCGUCAACGUCGCCGGGAACGUCUCCGAGAUGCUGUCGCCGGAGUUCGCCGACCGGAUCCGGUCACGGAUCGCCGACAACACCACGUUCCCUUCCAGCUACUAUCUCCCAAAGUGGAGCCAGCUGGAUGACCACGGGACGAGCCACCUGUGCGUGGUGGACGGCGACCGGAACGCGGUGGCGAUGACCACGACGGUGAAUUACUACUUCGGAGCCAAGGUGCUCUCGCCGUCCACGGGCAUCGUGCUCAACAACGAGAUGGACGACUUCUCGGUGCCGUCCAACCACCCGACGCCCGACCACCUCCCGCCGGCGCCGGCCAACUUCAUCGCACCGGGGAAGCGGCCCCUCUCCUCCAUGACGCCGGCGAUCAUCCUCAAAGACGGACAGCUCGCCGGGGUGGUGGGGGCCAGCGGCGGCACCAACAUCAUUGCCACCGUGACGCAGGUGUUCCUCAACCACUUCGUCGUCGGCUUGGGCCCUCUCGCCUCCGUGCAGCGGGCGAGGGUUUAUCACAAGCUGGUGCCAAACGUCGUGAAAUACGAAGACGAGAUAGUGGCUGAUGGCGGUGAGGUGAUCGAGCUCAGUGGCGAGGCGAGGGCGUUUCUGAGAAUGAGGGGGCAUCAGCUUGAGAGCACCGCGUCGGGAGCCGUGUGCCAGCUCAUCGUGCAAGAGUUGCCGGAAUCGGUGCCGGAGGAAAUCAAGGUGUACCGUGGGAUGCUCACGGCGGUGAGCGAUCCCCGAAAAGGCGGCAGCCCUGCCGGACUAUAAUGCGGGUAUCAGAUUGAUUAAUUGUAUUCUGUCUUACAUGUGUCGAUCUUGUGAUCGUGUACAUAUAUUCAAACGAAAGUAGAUUCAUUAUACUCCAAGCUUUAGAUAAUGCGGUUUUCGUGCAAUGCAUGCAAAGGAUGUUAGCUGAAUUAAUGUCAAGAUCGACAUAAAUAAAUUAAAACAAGACAUCACUAACAU